AUGGGGAACGCAGAGAGCGGCUGUGGAGGUGGUAGCGGCGACGAGGAAGAUGUUGAGACAGAAACCCCCGGUUUCGCAGAAGGGAGCCCGGCCUCUGCUGCCACUGGCGCCGAGGGAGGCAGUGGUGGAAGGUCCGGCUCGGGAAGAAGCGGAAGGGGGUCGAGUAACAGUCCCGGACCGGGCAAUGGACUCCCCACCCCUGGAGACCUGUUGGAACAAGUCAAACUGAGAGAAGCGGCGGCCCGCAUGAGCGAUUCGUGCGUAGCGAUAUCAGAAUCGGUCCUUGCCCGAAAUGAGAGUGCCCUGGUACGGUGGCUGGAGGAGCGACUGAGCCGCGGAGAGGAGUCCGUAACCCUGGAGCAGUUCUGCGAAAUGUUGGAGAACAGAGACGCUCCGAGAGAAGAGUGUGAAGAAGCCUUCGGACAGUUUGAUGCAGAGGGAGAUGGUGUCGUGGAUGUGGAGGACAUGCUCACAGCCUUGAAAAACUGUAACGGAGCCAAUCUCCAGGGAGAACUGUGUCAUGUGAUCCGACAGCUACAGGCCUGCUCUCUGACCCCAGGGUUUGUGGACAUCUUCUCGAAGUCCAAGGAUCGACUGGGAGCGCACUCCUCGAAGAUUCUGAAGUUCCUGCACCGCAAUCGGAUUCCCAGCAGUGCGAUCCCGUUCCCGGUGCUGGAGGGCUACAGUAGCAUCUGCACCAUGAGGUCCUCGGUGGUGCAGAACUUUCUGGAAUACCUUCUGCAGAAAGAGAAAGACUUAGACAUGCAGUACCGUUCAGAGUUGAACCAGGAUCAGGAAGUGGAUAACUUUAAGGUCAUCACUCAGUGUUACAGUUUCAUCGAGGCCUCGUCCAACACGGCUGACGUUCAUAAGAUGACCAACGGGGAGACUGUGUCCUACUGGGAGUCGGACGGCAGCGCUCGCUCCCACUGGAUAAGGCUGAAGCUGAAGCCAGACGUGGUGUUGAGGCGUCUGGCGGUCGCCGUGGCAUCUAACGAUCACAGCUACAUGCCUCAGCUCGUAUCCGUGUCCGUGGGAAAAAACCGCCGCUCCCUGCAGGAGAUCCGAGACGUGAGAAUUCCCAGUAACGUGACUGGAUACGUGACGCUUCUGGAGAAUGCCAGUAUCACUUACCCAUACGUUCAGAUAAAUAUCAAGCGUUGCCUUAGCGACGGCUGUGACACUCGCAUCCAUGGGCUGAAGACGAUGGGUUACCAGAUCACCAAAAACAAGGAGGUGUCGGUGACGGACGCCUCUGCGAUCUGGUACCUGUCUCUCCUCACCUCGCUGGUCACCGCGUCCAUGGAAACCAACCCAGCGUUGGCACAGACCGUCCUGCACAACACACAAAAAGCCUUACAGCACAUGCCUCCCCUGUCUUUAACCCCGUCCUCCACCGAUUUCCCUAAAUUCUUCUCCUCCAACAUUCUGGAAGAAGUGGACAGCUUUCUCCUGCGUGUAGCAGAUUGCUGUGUGACCCCUGAGGCAGAGUUGACUCUGUUGGCGUUUGCUUUGGCCAGAGGGAGUGUGGCUAAAGUUCUGCUCUCUCUCUCCGGGCUGUGUGAGCACCUGGACUCCCAGUACCGGGCCUCUUCCCUGCUCGCUUCCAUGGCAACCGUCCGAAUGAAAUUACUCUACCGCAACGGUAAACAGCUCCAGCUGCACCUGCAGGCGUGUGAUGUGAAGGGGAAAGAGGAGAGGUCUGGACCUGAGAGUAUGCUCACUGAACCCACCAACGGAGACGGCUUUCUGACCGAGAGUGGGAAAAAGAGAGCCAGCGUCAUUCUGUCCACCGAGGAUCAGAGCUGUUUCCAAGUCACGCAGAUCAAAAUUAAAGUGAGGAAAGGGGCUAUUGGUGCUAAGUGCGGCCUAGUGUUCGCUUACAACGACUCGGAACAGUUCUCCGCCGACCAACACUUUAAGAGAUUUAAAAAAUACGACUCCUGGACUUUCAAAGACUACAAAGAAUUCGUCCAAGACAAUGCGAGGCCGGCAGAGCAGUCAGAGGAUGAGCCCAUUGGCUGGUUUGAGCUGGAGGAAGACUGGAACGACGUGGACAUUAAACUGCAGCAGUUUCGGGUGUGCAAAUUUCUGAUGGUGAAGUUCCUGUGUCCGAGGCAGGAAUCUGCAGAGCGUCUGGGAGUCCAGCAGAUCAGUUUCAGCGGCUAUCUCUGUCCAGGAACGGAGAGGCCCGCGGAGCUGGAGGACCUGAACGCAAACGCGGACAGAGCCGACUCCGGCCCCGUCUCGGGGCUCACGCUCAUGAAGAAGACGCUCUUCUUUAUCCAGCAGCUCACCCAGGGCAUGAACUCAUCUGUGUGUAAGCAGAAGUUUGUGCUGGACUUCAGUAGACUGAGUCUUCAGCUCUUCUGGGAUUUCUACAGUAAACUCAGGACCAUUGAGGGAGAGGAGGCCCUGAAGACCCGGGUUCUGAUUCUCCAGUUGCUGCAGAACUGUUUCCCCGUACUCUCUAGCCCACCAGACAGCCACAGCUCCACAGACCUGUCUGCGUCCGCGUCUGCGUCUGCGUCCGCGUCUGCGUCUGCGUCCGCGUCUGCGUCUGCGUCCCCCAGCCCAGACAGAGACCCAACAGAGGCGGUCUGGGAACUCUACAUACACCUGUGUGAAGUGGUGGAUGGUCCCGAGGGUGAAGGUCUCGUAGAGAAAGCCCUGAGGAGAGAGGCAGUUAAGGCCAUUCUGAAUGGAGCUGCUGUUUUCUAUCCCGAUAAACAGAGUCGCAGAGACAAACUCUUCCACAUGAUGAAAAACAUAACAGAGGAGGACCAGCCGGAAUCUGUAAAACUUACCUUUGAGUCUCUCUGUAGCUACUUCAGUGAUCAGGACCCGAGUGGACUGCUCCUCCUGCCUCCUAAAGGAGCUCCAUCGGAUUUUGACAUCUCCCCCGUUCUGGCCGUCAUGGACACUCUGCUCCUCGUGGCCACUAGAGAGUGUGAGGUUCUGAUGCUGGGGCCCGGUGGAGGGGGCAGUCAGAAGGUUCUCCAGUCUCUGUUCUGGGCUCUCCAGGGCAGCCUGCUCUCCUGGUGUUACCUGCAGCUCAAAGGAGCGGCGUCCGGGGCCACGGCCGCCGAGCUGGCCAGAGACAUACUGCUCAAGUAUGUGGAUCAGUUUUUGACUGAGACCAGUCUGACACUGAGCUCUUUGCUGGACAAGUUCAGUGGAUCAGAGAUCGUAGAGAAACUGGGCGGCUCCAUCCUCGCCAUGGCAACCAGACAGCUGACCAUCUUCCUCCUGGAGCUGUGUGCCCUUGACAUCCCGCACUGCGUACUCCUCCGAAACUUCUCCUCUCUGGUCGAGCUGCUCAAGACACUGUCCAGUAACACAGAGGACGUCAUCUCCAAGGUGGAUCUGGAGAACUGUCAGCAGACCCAGCAGCCUGUUGUCCUGCGGACGUGGAACAUGGAGUCCUCCCAUAAUUACGAGAACAGUCGACACGAGACCACCGUGUUCGUCUGCCCGGGGGCCACGUCUUUCGAGGUGGAGUUUGAUGAACGUUGUGAAACGGAGAAGAGGUAUGACUAUCUGGAGUUCACUGACGCCAGAGGAGGGAAGGUUCGCUACGACAUGAAGGUCGGCACAGAGAAGUGGCCAAAGAAAGUGACGUUUAAAGCCGGACCCCAGCUGCAGUUCCUCUUCCACUCAGACAGCAGUAAUAAUGAAUGGGGCUAUAAGUUUACCGUGACCGCGUACGGUCUGCCCGACAUCAGCGUGUCCUGGAUCUCCGACCUGCAGCUGCUGGUGUCCAGACUGAUGGGCAGACUGGCCUCCCGCACCAUGGCCCUCAAAUCUCCGCACGAGAUGCGCAGUGUGAAGGAGCUGCCGGCGGGAAUGCUGACCCAUGUCCUCUCCUCUCCUCUGUGGAAGCCCAUAUUCAGACACAGCCCGUCUCUGCCAGCAGGGGGCAGCCAAUCACAGCAUGCCACCGUGGACACACAGCAGUCGGAAACGGCCCGGUCUGGCGACGGCCUGCUGGAGCUCCUGGUGGAGUUCGCCCGCUGGGAUCCCUCCCAGGACGCGCCUGACGGACGCACGGAGCUAAUGAGAGCUCUCAUGCUGGCCUGCAAGAAGCAGCCAAUCAGGAAUGAGAUUGCGGCGGGGUCAAAGGUCGACCAGGCGGUGAAUGCGAUCUGGGCUGCCAUGGUGUACCACACGCCCGCUCUCCAGCACGCUCUCAAGACCUUCGUGGCUAAGAGUGGGCAGUGCAGUCUGAGUGAAGACCUGAUGCAGGUGUACACUCUGGCAGACAGUAUCAGAACAUGGAUGCUUGAGAUGAAACAGCGCUACCUAGUGAGCAAAAUGAACGUGACAGAGGAGAGGGAGGAGGGACAGGGUGAGGUCAGCAUGGAGUCACUGGCAAACAUUUGCAUCAGUAAGAGCUUGCUCCUCCUUCGCUUCAGCCCCAGUGGAGGAGUCACUCUUCCUACUCAGGACACCGACGCCUCCAGGACAGCAGAGGGCGCCAGCUCCUCCCUCCUCCUCAGAUCUGUCUCUAUAUCAGAGGGAGACUUCCAGCCCAGUCCCUCUCCAUCCAGUUCCCAGCCACCCAGGGCAGAAGGGGGAGCGGAGGCCGCAUCCUUCCCAGGACAAGCUCACCCAGCAAGGGUCGAAGCCCAGGCGACGUCCCCUACAGAACCUGGAGCUUACAGUAGCACCACUGCUGCCCAGGGCCCCGGCGGCUCUACGGAAAACCUCCACUCCCACACAGGGGAGCCGGUAUCUCCGCUCCCCCGGAAAGCUGCCUUCAGCCGGGGCAGGUUGAGGCUGCUGUCCCUGCGCUCGGUGGAAGAACCGCGGGUGGCGCCUUUGGUCAAAGAGCGUUUCCCGAUCCUCAAACAUAUCCUCAACUUCAUGAAGGACAUGGCCAUCACCGAAGCCAGUGUUAUGCAGACUCUGGCCCUGAAGGAGGCCCAGGCUCUGAGUGUGUGUGAGGUGUUAGAGACGGUGCAGCAGUGUUUACGGUCCCUGGGGAAACCACACCUCUUCCAGGCCCCGUGUAUUCUGUUCCUACAGGAGUUACUGGCCUGUCAGAAAGACUUCACCAAUUAUUUCUCUCAGCUGUCUGGCAGUGGUCAGGAGUUGAGAGAGAGGGUGCGACGGUCGUAUCAUGGUCUGGUCCUGAUGCUGGUGGAGGCAGUGCAAAACUUCAACACACUCAAAGACAGGAAGGUCCUACUGCCUGCCCUGUCCUGUGUGCAGACCUGUUUGCUUCAUCUCCUGGAUAUGUGCUGGGAAGUGCAGGAUUUGCAUCUGUUCCUGGACAUUAAACUGCCUGACCUGCUACUCACCAUGUCUCAGGAGAACAUCAGUGUGCAUGACAUAGCCAUAAGUCAGUGGACAGAGGAGGACGAGAUCGCCGACUAUGAGAGGAACUGUGAGUGGAUGGACGAGUGUUCAGACGGCUUGUUAGACAAAUGGUAUGAGAAGAUCUCCCAGGUCUCUGCCGAGGAAAGCAGAAAGAUGCACAUGUUCAUUGCGCGGUACUGCGACCUGCUGAACGUGGAGAUCUCGUGUGACGGGUGUGAGAGGAUCGCCCCGUGGCACCGGUACCGCUGUCUGCAGUGCAUGGACAUGGACCUGUGCAAGACCUGCUUCCUCAGUGGCGCUAAGCCUGCAGGUCACGAGGACGACCAUGAGAUGGUGAAUAUGGAAUACGCCUGUGACCACUGUCAGGGCCUGAUCGUGGGCAGCAGGAUCAACUGUAACGUAUGUGAGGACUUCGACCUGUGUUUCGGCUGUUACAACGCCAAGAAAUACCCAGACAGUCACCUGCCCACUCAUCGUAUCACGGUGUACCCGAUGGUGACCAUCCGUAUCAGCGAUCGUCACAGACUCAUCCAGCCCUACAUCCAUAACUACUCCUGGCUGCUGUUUGCUGCUCUCGCCCUCUUCACCUCUGACCUGACCAGCGAGAGAGAGCAGGAGGGCGAGCAGCUGGAGCCCGUCACCCUCGGAUACGCUGCCGCCUUACAGACGCGCUGCUCUGACCUCAUCACGGAGUGCCUGCUCAAGGGACAGACAGGGAAAGGUCUGAGAGCCUCUGCUCUGUUGUCUCUGUUGUCCUCUAAUGAACCAGUGACAGAGACUGAGCCGUCUCCCGUAAGCCCAGAGACCCCUCAGGAGACCAGGGGCCCUGCUGAUGCCCCCUCCCUGCCGGUCAACACCGCUACGCCCCCCACAGACGGAACCAAAAACCAAGAGCAAAUACUGAAAACAGACAUACCGUCACCUCCUAAAACCUCGUUGGCUGCUGAAGGUGAACCCCUCUCCUCCUCGUCAAAGAAGAUGAAGAAGCUGGUUUCCCAGGAUACGCUGGACUUGUCCAAUCAGAGUCAAACGCCGUCAGUGUCCAGUCAGGACGUGGACACCUCUCGUGUUUCCAGAGCCUCUGAGUCUGGCAGUGACACCGUGACCUCGCCUGCCUCUGAGGGUCUGGACGCAGCCAAAGAAUCGGAGGAGAGAGCGGCCAGGGUUCCCCUCCAGGAGCACGUGUUCGCAGAAUGUUCCAGAGAGAGGAUCCUGGGACUACUGGCUGCCAUGUUACCUCCAGCUAAACCGGGCCACGCCCUGUCCCUGUCCGGCCUGAGUCCCAUUCUCCCUCUGCUGUUCCGCGUGGUCAUCUCCAACGCCGGCUGCCUGAACGAGACCUACCACCUGACCCUGGGGCUCCUGGGCCAGCUGCUCCUGCGGAUCUCUCCGGAAGAGGCCGACGCCGCCGUCACCGAGGCCCUGGCCGACAAGUGUGAGCUCCUGGCCCUGGGAGACGCGGCUGUCCCAGACACACACGGCUGGAGAACCACGCAACUCCUCUACAGCCUAGGAGCAGUGUGUCUGGACAGUCGUAUAGGUCUGGACUGGGCAUGCUCAGUAGCAGAUAUCUUGCGGAGUUUGAACGCGUAUCCUCAGUGGGGUUCGGUUAUAGCCGCCUUCACUGAUCACUGCAUUCAACAGUUACCACAGCAACUCAGACGCACCAAUCUCUUCACACUUCUGGUCCUGGUGGGCUUCCCCGAGGUGUUGUGUAUGGGCACGCAGGCGGUGUUCAUUGACAACGCCAACGAACAGCACAACAUGAUCCUGCUCAAGCAUUUCACCGAGAAGAACCGGGCCGCGGUGGUGGACGUGAAGACGCGCAAACGCAGGACGGUGAAGGACUACCAGCUGGUUCAGGCCCAGGACUGCAGCGGUCCUGACUCCCAGACGAGGAGCGCCAGUCAGGACGACUCCUCCGCCCAUCUCAGCCGGUACCUCCGCAACUUCAUCUCCAUCGUCACGCACCUCCUGCAGGUGGGAGUGGACAGCACUGCUCCUGACGCCGUGGAGGCCACAUGGUUACUCUCACUCGCUUUAAAGGGACUCUACAACACACUCAAGAAGCACGGUGUGGAGCAGGCCCAGGACGCGAUCCAGCGGUCUGGUUUGACUCAGCUCCUGGUGAGAAAGUGCAGUAAAGGGACAGGCUUCAGUAAGACCUGGCUCCUACGCGACCUGGAAAUACUCUCCAUCAUGCUCUACUCCUCCAAACGGGAGAUCCACUCCAUGGCCGAGGACACGGAGGGAGAGGGGGAGGGAGACAAGGAGGAGGAGAGGGACAGAGAGAAGGAGCACGACUCGGAUCACUCCAGCUGCUGCGCUGACGAAACCGACCCAAACCACCCCGACCCCCUGGAGGGCCUGGACGAGGAGACCAAGAUCUGCUUCCAGAUUACCCAUGAUGCUUUGAAUGCUCCGUUGCACAUCCUGAGAGCCAUGUACGAACUCCAGAUGAAGAGGACAGACUCCUUCUUCCUUGAGGUCCAGAAGAGGUUUGACGGUGACGUUAUAAAGACGGACGAGACCAUUCGGACUCUGGCCCAGAAGUGGCAGCCGUCAAAACGGCCUCGUUCGGACGAGAGGAGCGCCAAGGCCGUGGACACCGACAUGAUCAUCGUGCCCUGUGUGUCGAAGCCCAGUCGCUGUGAGAAGGCGACGGAGGAGACUAACCUGGUGACUCAGAAGUUGAUCACUAACACAGAGAGCGACCUCCAGCUCAGCUACGCCAAACAGCGCCGCACCAAGAGCUCCGCCCUCCUCCACAAAGAGCUGGACGCCCGCAGUAACAAGGCCGUGAGGCAGUACCUGUUCAAGGUGAACGAGGCCAUCUCCACGCUGUACGCCCGUCACGUCCUGGCCUCGCUGCUGGCUGAUUGGCCCUCCGGCACGCCCAUCAGAGAGGAGGACCUGGAGCUGAGCGGAGCCUCACACAUGGCCUACAUCCUGGACAUGCUAAUGCAGCUGGAGGAGAGACAGCUAUGGGAGAGGAUUCUCCAGAAGGUUCUGAUGGGCUGCAGUCACAGUAUGCUGGGGAGCCUGUCUCUCACCGCCUGUCAGUUUAUGGAGGAGCCUGGGAUUGGGUUGCAGGUCCGCGAGUCCAAACACCCCUACGACAACAACACCAACUUCGAGGAUAAGGUGCACAUUCCCGGAGCGAUCUACCUGUCGGUGAAGUUUGACUCGCGGUGUCACACAGAGGAGGGCUGUGAUGAGCUGCUCGUGUCCAGCAGUAGUGACUUCCUGCAGGACGUGCACAACUUCAGCGGCUCCCACCAGAAAUGGACCGACUUCGAGAUUCCUGGGGACACCCUGUACUACAGGUUUGUGUCUGAUAUGAGUAACACAGAGUGGGGUUACAAAUUCACUGUGACAGGAGGACACCGAGGACGCUUCCAAACAGGUUUUGAGAUUCUAAAGCAGAUGUUGGCGGAUGAACAGGCCCUGACCCAUCUCCCAUUGGCUGACAUUUGGGAGUGGCAGGUGGGCGUGGCGUGUCGCCAGACAGGAAACCAGCGUCUGAAGGCUAUUCACCUGCUACUCCGCAUGUUGCAGUGCCCCACACAAUGGGGCUGUGACCUGACCCUGCUGAGGCCGUUGUGGCAGUUGCUGACCUCCAUGCAGAGCAGCGUGAGUCAGGACCCGACCAGCAUCACCGUCCUGCUGCCCCUUCAUCGUGCCCUCACUGAACUCUUCUUCAUCGCCGAGGCCAAAGCCAUGGAACAAGGCAUCCUUCAGGAGUACCUGCUAGCACUCACAACCAACGAACAGCUACUGACGCGUACGGCUCAGGCUCUGAAGAACAUAGCUGCCAUCAGCCUGGCCAUAAAUUACCCAAAUAAAUCCACUCAGCUGCUCAAUCUGUCCCCCUGAAAGAGAGGCAGCCAGCCCUGUGUCUGCAGGGCCACUGUGGGAGACUUAUCCCCUCCGUCUUCCAGAGAGCGAUUCCUGUAAACCAGAGACUUUCAUUCAUCUGUCACAGACCUGG